AUGUGGAUUCUCUUCUUUUUGAGUGCCUUGCUGGGGGCGUUGGGGUCAGAGGAAACACCCUCUGGAACAGCUCAGCAGCUUCAGGCCCUUCACUGCCCGCCCUGUGAGAGGAUACACUGCUCCUCCCGACGGGCGCUGAAGCUCCAGUGUAAAGGUGGUGUCACAACGGGAGUCUGCGGCUGCUGCCCCGUUUGUGCCAAAACAGAUGGGGAGACCUGUGGAGGAACAUGGGACUAUGUGGGCAAGUGUGAUGAGGGACUGGUGUGUGUUUACCAGGACGCGGCAGCUGACAAACCAGACAAAGAGCGCAAAGGGAUCUGCAAAGCAGUGAUUGAGCCACUGGAUCCAGAGACCUGUCAUCCAGAAUGCACCAAGGAAUACUGUCAGGCCAACCCCUCUGAGAUCUGCUCUGCCAGGUUUGUGUCUCUGGAGAAAAAGGUGUGCCAGGGCUCCUGCCAACACACCUCCUGUUCAAGCUGUCUGCUGCUGACACCCCCAUCAUGUCCUCAGAGCUGCGCCCCGUCUGACUCUUCCUGUGUGCACCAUUUUGGGAAAUGUGUGCACAGCCACCUGACAGCGACACAUGAUCCUGUUUGCCACAACAAUCUGCAGAGUAAUCCCGAGGGGCAUUUUGUGUGUUUGGUCCCAGCCUGUCAAAACACACCGAAGUGAAUCCUUGUGCAAGGAGCAGAAAUCCAGAGGAAAUCUUCACUAGCUCAUGUAGCAAUAUGGAACAAGGCAGCUAUAUCUAAACUUUAUGUAUCACAUUUUAUAUGCCACGUAAACCUGAAUAUAACCCUGUGAAAUGAAAUGUAUUUUAAAUCAUGAGAAAUAA